CCCAGAACGAGACUGUAUUGGCUUGGGGCAUAAUGGCGGUGUUUUGAGAGAAGGAAAACAAGAUUGUUCGUAAAGUGAGUUGCACACUUUUUCAUGAAUUUAAAUGUUAUUGGUGAGCUAAAUGCCCCCUUAUCGUAAACGAAAUGUGUAUCCAAGAGCCAUAGCCGUUGGUGUAGUAAUAUCAUUUGUAUUUGCAUUUUUAUUCUUCAUUCUGAAGCUGGAACUUUGGAAGAAGGAAAGUUUAAGCGUUAGAAAAUAUGGCAGAAGAACUCAAGAUUAUAUAUCCAAAACAACUAUAUUACGAAUCAAUAACCACAUACAGCAAAGAGAUUACUAUUUACAAUUUCAAGAUUUUAAAAAAGAACCUAACCUAAAAUAUACACAAAAGAAAUGUGAAACUUUGAAAGAGUGUUUUAAUUUUGACAAAUGUCUUUCUGGAUUUUAUGUUUAUGUAUAUCCUCUCUUAGAAAAUGAAUUUAUUUCCCCUAUGUAUAUUAAGAUAUUACAGAGUAUUAAAUCAAGUCAAUAUUAUACUAAUGAUCCCACAAAAGCUUGUAUAUUUAUACUGUCAUUGGACACACUAGAUCGGGACAUUCUCAGUCAAAACUUUGUUAAACAUAUAAACAAAAAGAUUUCCAAAUUAGAGUAUUGGAAUGGUGGAAAAAACCAUCUUAUAUUUAACUUAUUUUCUGGUACAUGGCCUAAUUAUACAGAUGAAUUAUCAUUCGAUAUUGGACAUGCUAUGAUUGCAAAGUCAUCUUUUUCCCAAGAGACCACACGACAACAUUUUGAUAUCAGUUUUCUUCUAUUACCACAAAAUCAUCCACAACGAAUAAUAAAUUUUAUUAAUAAAACCAAUCAACACAAUAGCUUAGAAAAAAAUGUGGAUAUAUUUCCUGUAAAAAGGAAAUAUCUUCUAGCGUUCAAAGGAAAACGAUAUUUGUAUGGUAUUGGGAGUAGGAGUCGAAAUAUGUUACAUGUAAUAAAUAAUAAUAAAGAUAUAGUUUUAUUAACAACUUGCAGACAUGGAAAAGGUUGGGAGAAAUAUAAAGAUGAUCGUUGUGAUGAGGAUAACACAAAUUACGAUAGAUAUGACUAUGUUGACCUACUAGCAAAUUCAACAUUCUGUUUGGUUCCAAGAGGUCGCCGUCUUGGUUCUUUUCGCUUUUUAGAAGCCAUGCAAUAUGGAUGUAUUCCUGUUCUCCUAAGUAAUGGUUGGCAAUUACCAUUUGAAGAAGUUUUAGAUUGGUCCAAAUUUUCUUUAAAUAUUAAUGAAAAUAUGCUACUUCAAUUACCAGACAUCAUUAGAGGUAUAUCUGAUGAUGAAAUCCUGGCAAAAAAACAACAAACAAGGUUCAUCUACCAUACAUAUUUUGCAUCUGUUGAAAAAAUUACACAUACAACACUUCAGGUCUUACGCCGAAGAAUCACAUCUCACAUGCAGCAAUCUUAUUUAGUUUGGAAUACUUCCCCUGGAGCACUGAACAUAGAUUACAGAUUUUCAAAGUCGCUUUUAAGCUUUCCAUCAUAUUAUUCAAUUAUGCAUACAAAGCCAGUGAAAAAGUUCACAGCUGUCAUAUUGGCUGUUUCGCCAGUCUAUCGAUCAUCAUCACCAUUAUUUAACCUGAUAAAAUCUAUCAACCUUUCAAAUUAUUUAGAUCAGAUCUUAGUUAUAUGGUUGCCAAAUUCAAACAUUCCAGAUAAAACAAAAUGGCCUCGCACAAAAGUUACAUUACGGGUUAUCCACCCACCAAAGAAAACGAUGAAUGCCAGAUUCAUCAGUAUUGGUUUGUUAAAAAAAGAUUUGGUUAACACUGAUGCUGUGUUUAUGUUUGAUGAAGAUGUUGUCAUUAACACAUCCGAGAUUGACUUUGUCUUCUCUGUUUGGUAUUCUAACCCAUCACGGUUAGUUGGUUUCUCCCCCGAGUCUCAUUACAUGGACGCGUCACAAGAAGCACCACGGUGGAGGUAUACGUCGAAACAAAUAAAUCAAUUCUCAAUGAUUCGAACAACAUGCGCCAUCUUUCACAAAUAUUACAGCUAUCUUUACACUAUGAAGCCUCGACCAGGUUUACACGAGCUUGUCGAACGUGAAAAAACAUGCGAAUCGCUCGCCAUGAAUUUUUUAAUCAGCAAACACACGAACCAACCACCAAUUAAAGUUGCGCAUUCUUCGCAGUUUAAAGAUGGCGCGCAUUUGAAAGCGCGCCUACAAACUGUGUUUACACCUCAACAACUUUUAGAAACAAAAGAGAGAUGUUUUGGCGAGUUAAUUGAAAUAUUUGACGGGUUACCCUUGCUGCAUUCAAAAAUUGCUAUGAAUCCUGUCCUGUAUAAAGAUCCCGUCUCGAUAAGUAGGAAAAAGUACAGGACGUUGGAGUAGGUCAGUUUGGAUGAGCAAGUUAAAUAAAUACUUGAUUAGAAUUUGAGAUGGGCUUUUAUAUUGUCGGAGGUUGUUUCAGAAGCUACCUAUAGUCUUGAUAUAGCUACAGUAAAUUCUUAUCCAACUCGUCUAAGCUGAACAGUUCUUAUGAGUAAUAAAUGAAAUAUAGUUAUUGUUAUAUAGAUAGAUAUACAACAUGCACCCCAAUAAGUAUUUGUAACAAAGAUUGGAUCUGUUUAUACAUAAAGUUACCGUUCUAUUUUUAUGCUUCCAGGACAUGCAUCGCUAAAAAAGUAAAAAGAAACCUUGGGUUUCUGUAAAUUAAUACAUUUCUUUCAAAAGUUAUUCUAAGUUUAAAAUGAAAGAACCGAUUUAUUUUACUGCAACCUCAAAACCUUGCGUUUAUUUUCGCUUCUUGUUUCGUUUAUUAACCACGUACCUAACUGGACAAUGAAAGGUUGACCCUGCAAUUUUUUGCGAUUGAUUUCAUCCGGGUAACUUUUGUGUUUUAAAUUUGCGGCUUGAAAUGUUCCCCUAAAUUAUCCGUUUUUUCUGCAGAAAUUUAGUAAUGUGGAGCUUUGUUUCCUCCGUUCUUAUUGGCUAGUUACUUCUGCAGAAAUAACCAUUGCUAUCGGUAUUAUUACGUUCUAUUUUGUUCUAUAUUUUUUUGUUAUUUAUACGUAUAUAUAAACGUUGUUUUGUUGUUAAAUUUACUUUUUGUUUUGUUUUUUUGGUAAGGUAUUUUUGCUGUGUGUAUGUGAAACCGUUCAAUUGGGCGAGAUCUCAUUUUGUGAACAAUUUUACAGUACAUGCCAGAUUUGGUAACUGCUCCACGUAAUGUCGCGGCGUCUUAAUUAAGAUCAGUGCAGUAUUAACGCGGGUAAAAAGCAUGCGUUCAAUUUAUCGAUUGAGAGGGGAGAAAAUACAAUUAUGGAAAUGUUUUGAUUCACUCAUACAAGAGCCACUACUCAUCAAUUUCUUUUGACGGAUUAUUAGACACCUGCGCUUAAUUUUGGGUAGAUAAAAGGUUAUAUUUUUACUCAUUUGGCUUGCAGGAAAGAAUAUACAGAAUAUAGACUGUUCACGCACAGUCGAGGGACCAAAAGUUAUACAAAAGAUAUAUAUUGAUUUACUCAAAGAAGGUGUACGUCUAUCCAGGUGGAGAAAAUUAUUUAGAGGUAAAAUUUCACCAUAAAUGCACAAUAUGAAUUUUUUAAAUUGAAACGUCACAAAAAAGGAGAACUUGUUUUUCCUCUUGCAUUGCUAGUCCCAUUUUUCAUGUGAAAUGUGCUUUGGUCAGCAUAUUUUGUUUUAUUUCCCUAAAUUCAGGGGUAAAAGUGAAAGAUGUUGUCAAGGGAAAUUUAAUGAGAUAUUAAUAAUAAAUUGUUUAAAAUUCCGAGAAAAUGGAAGAGUUUUUUAUAAAUACAUUUUACUUUCUCUUUUUUGCUGCAAUUUGGAAUAACAGAAGGUACUUGGUAAAUUUAUUUAUUUAUUAUUAUCAUUGUUUUUUUUAUUUUUUAUUUUUUUUACAAAUUUUGUAGUUUUUAUAUUAUGUUUUAUCUCUUCUCAUAUGCUUUUUACGAUGUUUGUUGUUGUCGUUCUUGUGUCUGUGCUUGGUUGAUUUAUUCAUAAACAUCAACUUCGUAAGAACAGCAUCUCGCAAGUUGUAUUUGCAUACCUUAGUCGAUCUUGUUUUAAGUAUUCUAAUUUUAGCGGGAAAAUGUAUUCGCAAAUUUCGCUUUCUUAUCUAUUUCGAAAAAUUAAGUUUUCACCAAAUAUUUUUAAGGGCACUUAAUUUGCGAGUAUUAGACGCAAGCCGCGAAGAUUUUAUCAUAUAUCAGUGUGUCCAAUCUGUCAGGAAAUUGUAAGUAAUAUUAAAAAUAAUCGCAAAAUGUCAAGACAAUUUGGCCGUUUUGUGAAAAUAUCAGAAAUUUUAAAUUUUCCACUAACCUUCCGUAAUGCAUAAGCUUUUUAUUUUGAUAUCACGUUUUUUUCAAUGUUAGUUUUUAGCCAACAUGUUUCAUAACCAAUGACUUUAAUAACUGAUAUAUUUUUGUUCAAUGUUUUGCAUUUUCAUCCGUUGUUUUUGUUUUUUUUUCUACUUUGAGCAGUCAGCUAGUUCACCAGCCAUAACUGUUCGAAAAAGUAGAGCAGAAAAUUCGAAAAUGUCAGGAGUUUUAUUUAGUAAAGGUCUCCUCAAUACCUUUUUCUAUAAAAUAUUUCAUAACACAAAAGUAUUUGUAGAGUUCAAUGUUUUAAAUUGUUUUGAGUGAACAGAUUGUUUGCUUUA